GAGGGGGGCCCAGCCCCCAGGAUCGACCGGGGCUUUAUUCUUUUAUUCUAAAGUCCCUGGCGCUUGGCUGCGCGUUUCUUUACCAUUUGUAGGUGAAACCCCAUUGGCUUCCUAGGCUCCUUGAUUUAAACCACGCCCGGCUUUCUGCCCGCUUCGGGCUGCUGGGCCAGGCCGUCACCCAGACCCAUCCCAGCUUGGAAGGACCCCGGGGGCGGCUGCCGUGCUGUUAUUGUGUGGAUGCCGCGCGCGUCCUCUCUUCUCUUGCAGAGAUGGCUAACAGGGGCCCUAGCUACGGCUUAAGCCGAGAGGUGCAGGAGAAGAUCGAGCAGAAGUAUGACGCGGACUUGGAGAACAAGCUGGUGGACUGGAUCAUCCUGCAGUGCGCUGAGGACAUAGAGCACCCACCCCCCGGCAGGACCCAUUUUCAGAAAUGGUUAAUGGACGGGACGGUCCUGUGUAAGCUGAUAAACAGUUUAUACCCACCAGGACAAGAACCUAUCCCAAAGAUCUCAGAGUCAAAGAUGGCUUUUAAGCAAAUGGAGCAAAUCUCCCAGUUCCUUAAAGCAGCAGAGACCUAUGGCGUCAGGACCACGGACAUUUUUCAAACGGUGGAUCUCUGGGAAGGGAAGGACAUGGCAGCUGUGCAGAGGACUCUGAUGGCUCUAGGGAGUGUCGCAGUCACCAAAGAUGAUGGCUGUUACCGGGGAGAGCCUUCCUGGUUUCACAGGAAAGCCCAGCAGAACCGGAGAGGUUUUUCAGAGGAGCAGCUUCGCCAGGGACAGAAUGUAAUAGGCCUUCAGAUGGGCAGCAACAAGGGAGCGUCCCAGGCCGGCAUGACUGGGUAUGGGACACCCAGACAGAUCAUGUAAGACCAAGUCCCGCUCCCUGUAGACAGGAUGAACGUUCCACACCACCGUCUCUAAGGAAAAGAAAUAGUUAGUCACCUUCUGACCUUCUCCUCUUCCUCAAAGCCUCCUGUCCUCGGUUUUUGCAAGUGCUGCAUUUCUGCUGAAAAUCCAUGUUGCCUACUGCUGCCCCCUUCUGUUCAUGUAGAACUAUGCAAAGACUCCACUUCCUCGUCCUGAGCUUUUUUUUUUUUUUUGCCCUAAAGCCUUUGUUUAUUUAUUUACUUAUUUAUUUGCCCACAAUUUUCUACCCCAACUUAUAGAACGCACCUAAUAAACAAAUUAGUCUGUGUCUUAAA